UGAGAAGCCGAAGUUACAUGCCAUUUUCCCUUGCUCCUGACCCUUGUUGCGCCUCACCCUGCUCCCUGCAUGCAAAAUAAACACCAAAGUUCCCAUCCCCCAGCAAAGCAUUCUCUCCCGACGUCCCUAUAGGCUCUAAAAAGGAGCUAGAAAGCCGCAGAGGCAGCGAAAAGCCAAACAUGGCGGUGGCCGAGGCCGGGGCGAGCGUGUGCACUAAGGCGUCGCUGAGCAUUUAUUGUUGCGCCGCCGCCAUUCCCAACCCGAGACAAUUUCGUGCUCAAGGCUCUUCCUACAUGUCCCGAUCGCCUCUCAGCGCUUAUAUCCGGUCUCCAGUGUAGCUCCUUCAGGAUCUAGGAGGCGUGAGAUGCGACAAUUCCAGACUUGCGGUGAGUCAGUGUGGUAGCCAUGAUGUCGGAGAGCGCCCGCCUGCCUCCCCUGCUCAGUCCUGCAUGGAACCCACCCAACAUCACCAGCAGCAGUGUGGGUGCGGGCCGUCGUGGGGCGGGUAAGCGGGCGCGAGAAGCCGGGAUUCACAACGGUCAUCAUGCCCAGCCUCGGCCAAACUGUCAGCCUUCCCAGCAAGACUCCGCGGCACACGUCCAGGACAGUACCCGGUGCCUGUCACCCCCUCACCCCCUGCACCAAGCCUCAGAUCAUCAGUCAUCACCACAACCAUCACAGACACAAUCUCCACUCAGGGACAUGCCUAAAACACCAGUAACCACCUCGAAGAGCUUGAGUGGAACCCUUCCAACUUCUCCAAGUUCAACCAGCGCAAGCGGAACCUUUACCUCCCCUACCAGCCAGUCCAAAGGUCGGGAUCGUUGGGGAGGGUGGCUGGGAGGUUCCCUCAGCUCCCAGCGAGGACGCACUGAAGCCACCCGGCACCGUGCAAACUCCAGCCCCCUUCAGAGCUCCGAACCAAGAGCUUUCGAUAUGACGAAGUUGUACCCAGAACUAUCGGCCAAGUUGGGCCUCACCAAACCAAACUGCAGUGACAGCACGAACAGCCACAAAAACGGUAUUACGCAAAGAGAACACUUUACCUCAGGCCCUUUAAGCAAGUCAGAGAGUGCGAUGGAUGACUCAAGAAUUAAGGUGGUUUCCUCUGGCCAGAUAAUUAAUAAUACGAAAGGCCUUCUCGCUGCCAGACUCAGUAAUGGAGUGCAAAGUAGCAAAUCAAAUAGUGUUAAGUCGUCAAAGCCAAAGCCAAAGUGCGGGGAAAGAGGACAGAAAAGAGAAGGUCAUGGCAGGUUAGCCGGACGGACAGAAGUGAUGGCCUCACCCCAGAUGCUGUCUAACCUUGGACCUGCUGGAAAUUCUAUAAAGGGACCAAAUUCUUAUGCCUACAAUAACAAAAUCUCUGGUGGCAGCAGCAGUAGUCGAAGUAACAGUAGCAGCAGCAGUAGAAGUGGAAGCAGCAACAGGAACAUAGCUGGCAAAAAUAGCAGUAUAUUGGAAGAGCAACUGAGGGGAGGAGGAGGAGCAGGAUCAAAGCAAUUAGGAAGCACAGCAUCCUCGCAUGGGAUCCUGCCUCAUCCAAAGUCAUCACAGGCCAGCUUAGCCAGGCCUGGCAGUUUGGCUCGCCCUUUCUCCAUAUCAUCCACGGCUUCCCCUAGUAGGAGUCUAGUCACCAGCCCCGCCACGUAUCCCCCCUCUGUGGCAGCACACCAGCCCCGCGUGGUCACUCUACCCCCUCGGAGACCACCGCAACCCACCAUCACACGAGCUGCAUCAGCCACUCUCCCCGAGCCUCUCUUACGGGUCCAUUCACUACGGGAAAAAUACUACGCUUAUAAUUCUGAUCUCUUUCCUUUAGGUGUUGAGACGAGCGAGGAGAGUGACAGCAGCGACACAGAUGACAUGUGUGGGAGUCAGCAGGGCUGGGUCGACCCCACAGACAGUUUGUGUCUAGCAAGAAGAGGCUGGGACUCUCUUGGAGGAGACUCCAGUAGCAGACAACAGGAAUGGCUUGACCCCUCAGGCACCACGCCAGCGUGGUCUUCUAAAAGUACAAGUUGUCAGCGGUCCAACACCAUCGCUGCUGCCCUGGCAUCAUAUAGACGGCAGGUUGUAGCAUCUCGAUUACGUUCCAACCAGAGAGCGUGGGAGGCUCUGAAACAGUGCCCGCUAACAAAGUCUCUCGUAGAGGCUGCGCGGACUCAUCCCCGCUUAGCUGCUAAUGCUUGCUGUCUGUUUAGGAAUUCACAGAAUGAACAUGAAUCUCCUAAAAUGAAAUCUAGAUUUAAGUCAUCUGUGUUGAUUCGUCGUGACUGCGCCUACGAUGAUGGGGGAGGAAGUGGGCCAUGUGGUGAUGCUUCCUUGCCAGGGACAAGACAUUGUAUACGGCACAUUAUGUACAAUGUGGACCAGCAGCUGUUCACGCAUUGUACUGCUCGGCACUCGGAUAACACACCAUGUCGUAUCCCUGUGUUCGAUGUGUGUCAUGAGCUUCCACUCUGUCCCCAGCAUAGCAUGAGGGAAAGUUGUAAGAAAAGCUGUGUAGAAGAGACUCCUAAACCUAAGAGAUCUCGCAAAAAGAACAAGAUGCCAAUAUUAUCAAGAUAUGGGAAACGCAGCAAAAAGCGACGGCGGUCCUCUAACUCCACUAGUUCGGUGAUCCCUUCGACAAGUGUCAGACCUCCUAUGGCGAGCCAGUCAUCCCUCUCAUCACCACAGCCAUCACCCACAACCCCACAGACCUCACCCCAUUUCUCUGCUGCCUCUUGUACAGAUUCUGUAGCUGAAGCGGAAGCAAGCGACCUGGAGGAUGACAUGGAAGGGAUGGUAGAAGGUCUGGAUGCUGCUUCUCGUCUUCUUGACCCACAUGAUCUCCAGGAUGUAUUGAAUCGCAUCCCAGAUCAUGAGCUCACUCAGCUCUUCGAUGCACCAGAAAGUAAAACCGGAGAAUUUGUUGUUGCAAGUGAAGAGAAAGUUGAGUUGGAGACAGAUCAUGGUGAAGAAGAUGAGGUUACAGCAGACUCCCCACCUCCUAGCAGCAGCCCGGCUGCAGCCACACCAGCUGCAGCAUCUGCCACCACCACCUCGCCCACACCGCCACUAGUAGAGGAAGGCACAACGCUUAGCCUCGAUGAAUCCACCCUUAAUGACCUAGUAGCAGGAAACAUCCCCAUAGAUUCAAUCAUCUCAUCCUCAUUCAACCAACAAGAACUUAACACCAUCUCUCAGGCACUAUCAAACAUUGUGCAGGAAAACAAUAUUAACCUUGCGGGAUUUGACCUCAACGCAGGCAACUCCUUUUCCGCCUCAGAGACAGGAGGCUCUGGGCCAGUGGGUGAUGUCAGUGACAGUUCUCUGAUGUCCCAGGCGAGUGAUGCCACAAAUCAUACAGAUUUUUGUGAAGCAGGACCGCCGUUACCCGAGUGUAAAAUAAAUAUAUUGAACCAGCGACCUGGGAUCAUCACAGACACUGCCACUCUUUCACCACUAAAAUAAGACCUUUUUAAAAAGUUUUGAAUUAUUUGCAGAUUUAUCUGCUUUUGCUGCCCAAAAAUAUAUUUGAAAAAAGAAAUACUGUACUAGUUGAGAGUUUUGCUAUGGCAAGCAUCGGUACAAUAUCAAGAGGAGGACUGGUUAAAAGGUACAAUGUGAUUAACAUGAAAUAUUCCUGUGCAGUUGUGUGUUUACUUGUCAACAGUGUAACAGUGAUGUUAAUAAACUGUACAUAAUUGGCUUGUUCACUUUGUUAAAACACUUCUUGUAAGGUUUUAUCAAAUUAUUAUUUAUUUAUUGUUUUUUAAUGAAAAUUGUAUUCUUCCAUGUUCAAGUAUAUACUUUGAAAUGGCACAUUAGUAGCUAUCAUAUAGUAUUACUAAAGUCAAAGUAGUUAUUUGGAGGAGGUAGAUGAAGUGUUUGGAUUGGUAGUAAGGAAUGGGAGGCUAGAUCUUUCUGAUGCAGUGCAACUACCUAGCAGUCUUGUGUUGUACACAUUUUUCUAAUGAUCCACUUCACAGCAAACACAACAAAUGCUGCAUGAUGCAGGUGUUUAGAGCAAAUAGCAAGAAGAAUUUGGGUAGUGGUUCAAGCCACACUGAUGAAAUGUGCACAACCUGUGGAAAGCAUGAGCAUCAUUAUGUAAUGUGUGUGUGAACAUUAGAAAAUACCUAGCUUGUAUAUACACGCGGAAGUGAAGGUUCUCCUUUUGCAGUCCCAUAUACAGUGGUCAAAGCUGGUAAGGAUAUGCAGUGUGGUAAAUGAGAGCAUGAAUCUGAUUAGGUGUUCUGCUGUUCUUUGCAUUGACUCUGGACUUAAGUGUUGAGCCUUCCCAGCUAUCUAGCAAAUUUUCAUGACUUGGAGCUUGCUUCCAUUGUCUUUAUUUUUAUAUAUUUUUUUUAUAACAUUUUAUUCUCAUAUAUUUAUUAUAUUUAUUUAUUUAUUAUAUUCACUUAUUUAUUUAUGUACUUAUUCUUCAUUACUGCCAUUGAAAAGUGCUACAAGAAAUAUUUUUAAAAUGUUGCUGGCUUAAGAAAUGUUUUGGGGGGACCUGAAUGUAGACGAUCAAAAGAUCCUCCUCAGCACUAGAGAAAAUGGGAGACGAUUAGGAAUGUAUGAGUUAUGACCAUGACUCCAUGAUCUGCAGUACCACGGAAAGCUCACCAUUAGCUUUUAACUUACCAUAUUGGCCUAGGGAACUCAGGAUUUUUUCCCAUAGCAGUUUCACUCAUACGAGGGUACUUGUUUCUAAUAGCAUGAGAGUAUACACUUUUAAUACACAGUAUGUGACUAGUAAAUAGCCAAACAAUAGAAAAUCAGAAGUAAAAGAGUGUUGUUUGCUAGAUGUGAAUUUGAAUUUAAAAAAAAAUGUAGACUGGAAAGAAAAAAUGUUUCAGUGUAUUUACUUAGUUUUCAUUUUAUAAUUAUUAUACUGUCAAAUCCACAAAGAGCGAGUGAUUCCUUAUGUAAGUUUUAAAGCAACAAAGUAAGUGAGAAAUAGAAAAGGGUACUAUUUUCCUCUUGCAAAUUAUUAAGAAGGUGUAUGUAUACAGUAUUGAAGUAAGUUUGAAAGUAAUCAAAAUACAUUUAUUUGUUCUUCACAAAACAAUACGAAAGUUAAAGCUGAAUAGUCCAAUGAAAAACAAUGCUUAGAGGAAUAUUAGCUCUACAAAAACACAUGCACUUGUAUGUGUUUUAGAUCUGGACUUGUGAUAAGAGAAUAGUUCAGUGAACAGAUACUUUCAAUAGAGUAGUGCAGAACAUGGAUAGCUGGUACUCACAACUGAGCACAUGAUUGUACAAAAAUGUGAUUAAAAUGUAAAUUACUUAAAUUACCUCCAUAUCAGACCGGACACAAUAUAGCCACGCAUAACAGUACAACUAGCGUUAUACAACUAACCGAUACAAGUGUAUUCAUAUCCAGAUAGAUAUCUGCAUGUAUGUGGGGGAAUGCAUGUGCAUGCAUGCAGUCUAUUUGCUUCUUCAGUUUGUUCUUGUUGUGUUUUGUAUUUUCAAUCUUGAUCACUAAUUGGCAUACUAAUUUUUAGAUGUAUAUCAGUUUUACAUAUUUUUAUACCGGCUUCAUCAAUACCAACUUCAGACUCAUCUUCAUCAUCCCUUUUUCACCUCCCAUGGAAUCAUUUUGGAUUAUUAAGGGCUUAUUCAUGAACUUGGAACAGUGCCAAUACGUAAUACAACUAAGCCUUCAGGGAAACGUGCAGAGAAGAUUGCUUGGGAACCUCGCAAGGCUCCCAAAACAGAAGUGGUUGCAACUGUUACUCUUUUACAAGUAGAUAAAUUAACAGUGUUCUUGCCUUUUGUAAAUCUUGGUUACCCAAACAGUCACUGAGCUUAUAAAAAUUUGACAGCCAUGCUGUUGAAAAUGGAGCUUGCAGUUGAAUUGAGUGGGUAGAGAACCAGCUGCAGAUAUUCUGUGUUGCUUUUUGUUGCAUGCAUAUUAGCGUGUGUCCGGUAACAGAAACACACAGCAUCGCCAACAGGUGGAGUGAUGUAUUGUGUUUGUCAAAUUGAUGUGAUAUGCUUGCAUAUUUGAAGGUGUUUUUGGUGGCUAAUGGUCAGAUAUACCAGUUUCUUCUGGUUUUCUCUUCAGGCAGUUUAGCCACUUAUAUUAUCCCAGUCAGUCACCCAUUUGGUCUCCUUCUCAUCUUUUAACUUUUCUCUCUUUACAUUCUGAAAGAAUUGAAAUGAAGUAUGCAGGAAUCAAACAUCAAGCAGUUCACUUCAUCAGAAAUGCUUUCAGUAUAAUGUUUGUGUUAGGAUUCAUGCCUCCAUUGAUAAUAGAAAUUUUGAUACAAGUGCAAAGUUUUAACUUUUCGUGGAGAAAAAAUGUUACUUGCUUUUUUUAAUCUUUCUGUGAAUAAUUGUUUUUCUGUCAUGGAACACUUCAAAUGACAAACCAGAUAAUGCCUAAAAACUUUAUGGGCAUAUAUUGGUCACAUCAGCUUUCAGGGGAAUCAUAUCACAUUUAUCUAGAGUGAUGACGAAUGACCAGUCACACCAUUUUUUCUGGACUUUCUGGGGUGUUAAAAAAGUUUGUUAUCACUUCAAUGAUUCAUAUUUGUGAAGUGACUUUUUUCUCUGGAGCAACAGGUAAUAAGUAAUAUUGAUACAUGAAAGAAAAUCCUUCAUACAGCUUGUAUUUUGCUUAGAUAGAUAUUUAAAAUUAUACAUUAUCUGAGGCAACAUAAAUCUGUGCUCUUUAGAGAAAGCAUCCGAAUUGGGCUUUAUAGUUACUUGCCUGUGACACUCCAACAACGAGUCGAUUUCUAAAUGCAAUGACUUUUGAGGCAAAAUAAAGUAAUUUUUCUCCAAACUCAGUUAUGCAAAGCAUAUAAUUGAAAAUCAGAAUCAAGCAGAUGAUUUCAGUCUUCAUAGAAAUGCAGUGAUUUUUCAUCUGUCUACAUGUGUGUCUGAUACCAAUCUAAUUUGAUCCAAGUAAAAUUGAUGACACAGGAGCCAUCCAAAAUUUGUUUGCCUUAAAAGUGAUACAUGGUAUGCUACAUUGUUUCAGGAAGUUCAAGUGUCAUUGUUGGUAUUACUGCCUGCUAUCCCUGUUAAAGAAUGAGGAAAAUGGGAAGAGGAACUUGUACGAAAGAAUACCAGCAGUGGAGAAGCAGCUUCAGAGGAAAAAGGAGAGAUUGUAUAAAACUAUGGCCAACAUUAUCUUGUAGAAGAUAUGUCUCAUGCAAAGUACAAUAAAAAAGCCAAUGCUGAAUUGACUCUCAAGUCAGUGUAAUAUGUUGCCAGUUGAUGUUGUGACUGAUAGUUUGUUGUAGUGCAAUAUUGAUAAGGGAAAAAAUCACAAAGAAAAGCAGUUCAGGUACUUAGACUGCGAUGCUGUGUGUGGGAAUCUGUUUGCUGCGGUAGGCAGUGCCAUUUGAUGUUUGAUUACUUUUUCUUUCUCUCCUUUCUUUUUCUUUUCUUUUUUUUAUGAGAUUCUCCCCUCCUAGCAUUUUAGAUACCAGAGGCAUUACUUAUGGGACAAUAGAGCGAGAUACAUAGAGAGCUCUCUUGCAUGUCUCAUGAUGAGCAAGUUUAAGGUGAUGCAAUGAACUGAGACUUGACAUGAGUAGUUGUCCCAUUGAAGAAGAAUAGUGUUGGGAGUGUCUGCACUUGCCAUUUUGGUUCCAUUUUGAAACACUGUGUGCAUCAGGGCAGUGGAGUGUGCUUGUUCAUUAUUUCUGGACAAUGCACACCUUCACUGGUAGAUGUUUAGCUGCAAUUGAUAAUUUGCAUCUCAGUUGUAGUUGUACUUUUGUGACCCUAAAUCAUGUGUGUCCCUCUGUCUUUAUAUAAAGGAGGUUAUCCAGCAGUGACAAAUAACUUUUGAAAUAUAAAGGAGAAAGAGGAAAAUCCUGUUCAGACUUUGGGUUUGCUUUCUCUUUGUACAUGUAUGUGAAACGGCCAGCAAAACUACUCUGAUUAAAACUAGUCUAUUCUGUGAUUAUAGAAUUGAUGUAACUACUUGUAGGUACAAAACUUGUGUUCGUAAUUGAACCUAUGGGUGUUUUCUUUCCAUUAUUUUACGAUUUAUUCAUUCAUAUUCUUAACAGUAUUCCCACCUAUUUUUAAACUUUGAAUAUUGUUCACUGUUUUCUUAUUUCUGUUUUUUGUUUUCUUUUAAGUAGAGAUGGUAAGGAACUGGCUUAUGAUUGUUUUCCAACACAUGUAUGUUCAGCAGUGGGAAGAUAGUCUCUUCAUGGCAGUUGUAUGGUGUCUGUACACUGUCUCCCCUGUUAAUAUCUUUCACUCAAAUGUAAACAGUGAUUGAUACCGAGUUUCAAGAAAAUGAAAAAAAAAUGCCUCUGUCAGUUUAUUUAUUUAGUUUUAAUUUUUUGCGGGUUGAGAAGGGUGGUCCAUUAACCAAGACUGAGUGUAAGAAGGAGAAGAAUUUCCCUGCUUAGUGUCAUAGACUUUUUAUUCCUAUUACAUUUUUAAUAGGACCAGUUUAUUGUGUUUAUGAAACAGCAGCAAGGGAUAUGUAUGUAUAAUCUAGGAAGUAUGUUACAGUUAUACCCUGACACUUGUUUUUCAAAUUUUCUAACACCUUAAUGAAAAAAGAUUAGUAAAAAAAAGGGGGGGGGGGAUUUUGGGAUUAUAAAUUCUAGAAAGUGAAUGGGAAAAAAUAAAAUACAAAAAUAUAGUAGAUUAUCUGCUCGUCAAGGGAAAAUGUUUUUUACAUUGAGUUUGUGGUCUUAAGGUAAUCAAGGGUCGACAUAUGUAGUCUGUGACUGCGAUUACUGCAGCAAAGCAUCUUCAGGAGGCAAGUCCAGUAUUUAACCCUGACUCCUUCCCUUAAAAAGGUUUGUUUGAGAGUGAGGCAUUUCACAAAGCAGAAUGAAUAAUUGAUAUUAUUAUUUUACAAUCCUCUUUUUAUAUUUAGUAAAAUCAGUAUGUCAGCAACUCAUUUUACCAUGUGAAGUUAUUCAUUCUCAUUCAUAGCUUUUUCAGCAACUGUCACAGUGUGUUCUUUUCAUCUUACAUUAUCCUAUUUUGUAUCAUAAUCAUCAUUUACUUUUCACUAUAAUUUCUGCCAGACUUUUUUCAGUCAUCUGAUUGACUUUCUUCCCUGUUUUACUGUGUGCCUUAUUUCUUCUCCAUUACUUUUGUUUACGGACAGCUUACAUUAUCCCUCUUCCACACUCCUCAUCACAUUCCUGGUAUAAAACACAAACCGGUGAAUAGCAAAGAUGCACAUUAGGGUCACCUCAGUAUUAAUCAGUAGCCCUGUGUUGAAUCUGUACUUUGAGUUAUUCUUAUGCCUUGGUUUGUGGGUUAUUUUAUUUUCCUUCUUUUUCAUUUGAGAUGCAAAAGAGAAACGAUACAGCUAUAUCCAAUUUUCCUUCCAUUUACCCAGAAAUAAGGCAGUGUAUUUUUUGUACUUUGUUUGCUUGAUGCUGGACUUGCCUACUUCCUGUUUUUUGUCAUGUUUUAUAACCACUUUGUUGUCAGCUUUUUAUUAUUUACUGAUACUAUCAUCAUUAUUAUUAUUGUUAUGAAUAUUAUGAUUAUUAUUUACAUAUAUUUUUUAUCUUUAUUAUUGUCACUUGUAUUUUGAUUGUUGUUUUUACAAAUAUUAUGAUUAAUCUAUAUUAGACGGCAGUAUUUUUGUUAGUAUGAUAUUGUCUUCUAUUGUCAAUGAUGUAGCAACAUUUAGACUGCUGCUCCUCAGUAAGUUCCGUAAUCUCCACAGCGGGAUAUUUUAGAAUGCAUAAAAAAGAUAAAACAUAGCAUGAGUUCAUUGUCAAAUUAUGUGAAAGUUUGGAAGUAGUAAAAUUAUUUUUUGUAAA